CCCAGAAAAAUAUCUUUUACUCCGCCAAAAUAGUGAUGAUCGUCUGCGGGAUAUGGCGGUUGGAGCUGCCCACAGAGUCGAUUUUUUGGAAAACGGUUUAUAGAAUCUACUCUGCUGCAUCAAAGAUAUUGCUAAGCACGACCGUCUUAGCGUUGUUGGCUAAAUUUCCCGAACUGCUUGAGAAAGACGCCCUGGCAGCAAUGGAAAUUGCUUCUCUCGCAGUCGCUUCUGGAGUUGUACUGGCGAAGAUGAUGGCAUGUCAGUCGCGAGGAAAUCUUCAAUUAAUUCAAACUGCUAGACAAGAGGAGGACCAGUUGUAUAUCCAGGCUAACAAAAUUUCCCAACGUGUCUAUAGUCGUCACGUCGAUUAUUGUCAGAAAUUAGCUCUGAUCAUCGCUAUCGUCUUUUUCCCAACUACGUUCUCUUUAGUAGCACAAGGGAUACAGAAAAACUACGCAUAUACCAAGACCGACCAAAACAAUACGGUAGAAAGACCACUUAUUUUCUUAUGUUGGUAUCCCUUCCGCACUGAAAAUUACCACUCCUACGUACUCGUAGACCAGGCGAUAAGAGUACUCAAUGCGGGCACUUGUAAUCUCUCGACGACCAUAUUCAUAGAGACAGUUCUCUUGUUUUUGAGGGCCCAAUUGAUAAUACUUCAAGAACAAUUUAGAACCUUCUACAAGGGCACUGACGAGGCACCAAACGCUAUCACGGAUCACACUAAUCAGCAUGUUGUAAAGGGGUUGUGCGUCAGUCAUCAGAAAUUGAUCUAUUACUUGGCCAGCUUCAACGAAUCGCUCAAAUUUAUAAUGCUCUUAGAGUACGUUGCAUCCUCUCUAGUAAUUGCAUUAUCGAUUCUAGAGGCUCUCGGAGGACACAAUGUUCUCUUCAACGCUGGAUUUGUGAUCAGCAAUUUCGGUGGAUUGAUGUUUCUAUCGUGGAACUGCAAUGAAAUUAUAGUUCAGAGUGCAGAAUUGGCAACGGCGCUCUAUGAGAGCGAAUGGUAUGAGCAGGAUAAGCACAGUAACGCUUUGCUUCAAAUAAUGAUGAUUCGGUCGCAAAAACCGUUGGCUAUUACAAUCGGAUCAUUCGGUCCCAUGACCGUGGAUGCGGGAAUGUCGAGAAUGCGGCUUGCUUAUUCUUAUACGACGGUCUUAGGAGGCAACUUUUGAGGCACAAAUGGUACUUAUUGACGAAGCCCUAAAGCUGAGAGGAACAGAACAAAAUUUCGUUUUUCGAUGAACAUUCAAUAGAUGUACUUUAAAACAAAUUUUUCCUAAGCCACCAUUGUUUUGUUAAUUCAAAAAUGUAAAUACCGAAUUGUACAAUUCAUAAAAUAUAGUAUGCAAU